AUGUGGAAAACAAUCCACAGGAUACUUAAACCAGCAAACAAACGAAUCAAAAUACAUCAGAGUGACUUCAACAAAUACUACACGAACCUUGCAGCUGAACUUUGCACCAAAGUAAAUAAACCGUUCGAUCAAAAUCACUUUAUAAAUAACCUUCGGAUUGAUCAGAGAAACGACGCUUUUGUUCUGCAACAUACAAACUUUUCCGAAGUGAAGAGAAUCAUUACCACUCUUCGAAACGACUGCUCCACUGGAUACGACCAAAUACCAGUAAAAUUCCUGAAACCAGUUGCUGACAAUAUUACAUCACCUAUUGUCCACAUCAUUAACAAUUCCAUCGACCAACAGAUGUUUCCUAACAGUUGGAAAACAGGGCGAGUCUGCCCAAUACCAAAGCUCAACGAGUACAUUGAACGAACAGCCAUCUACAACAACACACAAUCAGGUUUCAGGAAAGGACACUCAACCACCACAAUUCUCUUAAAAUUCAGAGACGAAAUCCAAAAAGCCUUGAACAGAAAUGAGGUUCCAGCAGUAGUAUUAAUUGAUUACUCAAAAGCAUUUGCCACUAUUGAUCACAGUAUUUUGUUACAAAAACUUGCCGCUUUAAACUUUGACAAAAGCACGACCAAAAUCCUAUCGAGCUAUCUUGCUAACAGGAAGCAGUUCGGAAGCAUUUUGGGUCCUGUUCUUUUUAACAUCUACGUAACCGAGUUACCUAAAAAUAUCCAGUCUGAAUCUAUCCAGUACGCUGAUGACACAACAAUUCACAGAUCAUGCAAAGUCAAUGAUAUUUUUCAUACUAUACAAGGUCUCAAAUCCGACAUCUAA